AGUGUGUUAAAAUUGUCUUUGUGUGAAUGCAGAAAAUGCAAUCUGAAUUCCAUACAUCUAGUAAGGAUAUUGUUUCAGUUGCUGUGGAAGUAGCCAGUGAAAAGCAUCUGCGUAAAUUAAAUCAAAAUGAACCCCUUUCUGAAACUGUUCAUUCAUUGUGUAUAGAAUUCAAUUUAUCGAAAGAUUCUGGUAUAUAUGCUUUACAGUUGAUGGAACAAGAUACAGGUGAUAAUAAGUAUGUGACAGAGGAGAACCGAGGUGAGAUAAAGAAUGGCUCUAUUUUACGACUGGUUUUAUCUCCUUCAGAAAUGGUAAAGCAGAUUAUUGUGAGACUUGGUUCUGAAGUGUCUGACAUAGAUGGGAAACUAUGGGCAUUGUCCAAGCUGUCUACACUGAGUGGAGACCCAGUUUUUGCUAAAGCUUUCUUCACCAUUGAUGGCUACAAGAUAAUAAAGGAAAUGAUAUUGAAUAUUGCAGAAUCACAUUCUAAUAUCACAUACUGUCUACGUUCGUUCAUAUGGUUGAUGCAUUACCAGUUGGUACCCACCAUUGAGGAUGAAUUUGUUAGACGGUUGAUUGACUUUGUAAAUAGUGAACAGCAUCUCCCAGUAGAACUUAUCAAAUGUAGCCUUGUGAUAUUGGAGAAAGUUGUACAACGAAAAGAGCAUACCAUGAUGACACAAGUUGAUGUACCUGAUCUGAUCCAGCACUUGUGGAACAGGGAGAGUCCAAUCAUUCAGGAGAAGGCAUUGGCUCUCAUUAAUGCCUUGGCACAGGGGCCAGAUUCUUUAAAAAUUUUGGGGUCAAUGGCUUCAAAACAGACCAGAGAUACCAUCCAGAAGAACAUAUUGUGUGAUGACAUCAAUCCUAGUAUGGCCCAUGAGCUGUAUGUUUAUCAGUCAUUAAUACUUGGCUUGCUAGAGGAUAGACUCACCUCUAUGAUUGAUCCUCUAGGCACUGAUGCGAAGUACAUUUUGGAACUGAACAGCAUAUUGGAAAGUGCAACUGAAGAUACACAGAACAUGAAGGGCAGUGUCUUUUCCCUCACUGAAGAUAGUCGCCCUGUGACGCUCUUGGAUAAGUACUUACCAGCUGUAAUGAUUAAUAAAAGUUUUGUUAACGAGGAUUUUGUAUGCAGCACUCCGCAGCCAAUAAAAGCUGUUAAAAAGGCCUCAUACAGUAGGUCGAAAUCUACUCCCACACCAAGUUCUGACACCAAAAAUCUCCCUAAAAGACAUUCUCUCAUGAUAGAUUUCUCUUCCAAUUCUUCUAUCCUGAUCUGUCGAUUCACCCUUGAAUGCAUGCUGUAUUUUGCCAGGCGUUAUCGUCGCACAUUUGUGCGGGUAAUUCUGGAAGAGAAGGCAUCGUCACGGUCAUUUCCUUAUACUUGUGAACGUCUUGUCAAACUUUUGAGUGACUUGCUGGGUGUAGGGAAAUCCCUGAAGCGUGAUGGGAAGUUGUAUCAGCCCAUGGUGUUCACAGCAUCAAGUGAUUGUCCUUUCAUGGAGGAACUAUUCUGUCAUGCGGCAUUGCUAUUGGGAAGAACACGCAGAGAAAUGAGGGCACGUACACCUAGUGACCAGGAAAAGGUGAUGCUUGUAGUGCAGCGCCAGUUACAGGAGGCUUUGGCCUUGCAGCCAGUCACACUGGAGCAUCUGAAUGAAAUCUUUCGCAGAUUUCCAUACUCUGUAAUUGCAGAGAUUUGGCAGUCAGAGAUUGAAGAGAAGGAAGAGUGGGAAUUGACACAUUUACCCCCCAUUUUGGAGCUGAAGAAGGAACGAUGUGAUACAAUUCUUGAGCUAAUCCAGCAGCAGCGCAUCAAUACAUUACUGAGAGGGGCAAAGUUUCCCAAGUAUACCGCAAGAGGACAAAGGGUGAAGAAGAAGUCAUGGUUUGUGUGCUUGUCCACAAACCAAAGAUCUUUGCACUAUGGUGACUGUGAUGACAAGAACAAGCUCAUGUUGGACUGUUCCAGUAAAAUUGCAGUGUGCAGCAUUCUGACACUCGUCACUGGCAAGAAAUGUCCACAUGUCCGGGAUAUGAGGAAUCGGAAGGCUGAUCAAGAUAAGAUUGAUCUUGCUUUCUCUAUAAUAUUAGAUGGAGAACCGCGCAGUCUAGAUUUUAUAGCGCCUGACCAGCAAGCCUUUGACUACUGGACAGAUGGUAUUAAUUGCCUCUUGGGAAAUCCAAUGACAAGUGCCACCAAGGACUCUGAAUUCAAGAUGCUCCUUGACCUUGAAGUUCGACUGCAGCUGCUGGAUAUGGAUGGUAUAUCCAUUCCAAGGAAACCUCCUCCAGUUCCUAAAGAUCCACCAAAUUAUAACUUUUGUUCCACUUGACCCACUGUAAUUAGUGACAUAUUUUCAAGCAGAUUUAUUUGGACAGUAAGCAUUUCUCCUCCACUUCUUAUUUUCUGCCAGAACUACAACUCUGGUCUGUACAUUCCUUCUUCCAGAUAAUACUUUUCACCACCUUGCAGCUGCUUUGAUUUUGUUCUCUUUACACCACUUCCAAUGCUUAGUACAGGUUUUUUUUGUGUGUUUACACUGUCAUAGCUUAGUGGCUGCAGUAAGGUUGGGUUGUGCAGGUAGAGAGAUUCAGAGCAUUUCCAUUAUUAUUAUCUGUGCAAUUCUAUAUUAUUGUCACGUGUUGGGUGUGUGUCACGCGACAAAUAACUUCACACUGUUCUGGAU